CUACCACAUCCUGUCGCUGGCCAAUUGUGAGCACACGUGGAAGUUCUGGGCAUGAUCAUAGGGGCAGCCCCGCGGCAAUGCACGCACCUUCGACAGUAUCGUAGUAGGCUAAUGUCAGGUGGAUGCGUUAUGUCUGACUGCUGCUACCGUUGCCGUAGCCAGUGUAUGUGUCACCGACAGGCGCAGAGAAGGUACAUGAUGGCGGUCACGUGGGUGGAAUUAAUUCCGUCAGCGUGAGGCGCAGAUCGCGCCAUGGUAUGAUGGAACGGGGCUACCACGAUGAAACCUGAAACUGGUUCCCAGUCUCUGGCGGGAGCUCAUGGUUUGGCACCCUUAGGCAAUGCCAAUGCCAUCCUGUUCCGUCACCAGCGGUUCCUAGGCUCCUAUUCGGUGGCUGUGGAAGCAGUGACACCCCUGCCAUGCGUGAUGGGUAGGCGAAGUUCCUGACGCUCAAUGCGGAAUUGUAGGGGCAAAACGCCACCCGUGCAAAUCUUAUCUAUCUACGAUAGAUCCAUGUGGUGAAGUUCCACUUUGCUCAUGACUUGACAUUUUUUUUUGCCUGGUGCGAGUUACAGUUUAUGUCUGUUCAGCCUUGUAAUUUUUUCUUGUUAAUUUUUUUUUAACUUCCACUUUUAUUAAAGUUUGCGGGUUACAUUUACGAAACAGUGGCUAGGUGCGGUCAAAGCUGGGGUCUCCGAUCUAGAUGUGGCCUGUGUGGGCCUGCUCCGUUGGAGCGGCAGGACAGCCAUGACCACAUUGCCAUGCAGAUGUCGCGGCCGCUGCCAGCCGGAGUGUCGGCAGGCCCACAGAAAGGGGAGUCACGUGAUAAAACGCUGUCAGAC